UUCAGCAGAGCAAAGCUCUUUACUUUUAUUUAUAACACCAACAACAAACCAAAAAGCUUACUCUUACCUUCAUCUCUCUCUCCAUACAUAACCAAACUAUACAUACACAUAUAUAGACAUAUAUAUAUAUAUACACAUGAUGUUGAGCACAGGUGAUGAUGAGAAUAGUUGCCAGAAGAAGAAGAUGAUAUUGAAGCUCCAAAUUCAACCACCCAAAGCUUCAAAAGAAAUCUCAACAUCAUCAUCAUCAUCAUCAACAGCUUCAGUACUUUACUAUGGCGGUCGACCUGGUUCAGUACCUUUCUUAUGGGAAACAUGUCCAGGAACUCCAAAAUCAAGAUUCUCAGAACAGUACGAUUCCCUAAUUCCACCUCUAACUCCUCCUCCUUCAUACCAUUCCAUAACUAACAAUAAUUACAUCAACAGAACUAUUUCUUCUUCUUCUUCUUCUUCAUCUUCAUCUACGAUUCAUCAGAAACGAUCCAGAUCUAGUCUUAUCUUAAACACACUAUUCCCCAAAUUCAAUUACCUCAACAAAACGACGCCGUUUUCUUCUUCUUCUUCUUCUUUGCCUAAUAAUAAUAAUUCAUCGGCGAUCUGGUCCACUACUGCUAGCCGAUUCUCGAGUUCGAGUUCGUCUUUCGAUUCCGGAGGUGGAAGAGAAGAUCAUGAAUAUGGCCGUGUUGGUGACGGUAAUGGCGGCGGUGGCGGUAAUAAGUCUCCGACUUCUCCUCUUUGUUUCGGGUUUCGGAAAAGUAUUCGAGGUGGUUGCUGUGCUCGCUUUUAAUUAAUUAAUUAAUUCAAAAGAUAAAUAAAAUAUCGAAGUUUUUUUUUUUUUUAAUUUGGUUUCAAAAUUGUUAUGAAUUUUGAAAAGAAAAAAGAAAAAGGUAAAUGUGUUUUUUACUUUAGUGGGUAUUUUGAAUUGUAUUUGGUACUUAAAAUUUCAUAUUAUAAAAGAGAAAACUUGGAAGAAAAGAAAAAUUAAGGAGGUUUAGUUGGUUUUAUUUGAAAUUUUAGGGACCAAAUUGUAAUGAGUGGUGUAAUUCAAGGACUUGUUAAUGAAAAAUAUCCUAUCUUGUAUA